ACAACAUGCUGCAUCUCAUCCUCGCUGCAUUGAUUUUGGUCCAAUCCUCUAAAGAUGUCACCUCCAGUCCUUUGCGUGAGGCUGACGAUGCGACUCAGGAUGACUGGAUAACCAAAGUGCUGAAUUACAUGGAGUCUAACCCCGAGACUUUAGAAGAGCUGAUGACCGAGGACUUUGCCGUAAUGGAGGGAGACAUUAUGUUGUUGAACGACAGGAAUGCAGUGGAGAGCGUUUGGCCGAGCAGAGCGAUCCCGUUCACCAUCAGCCCGGAGUUAGAAAGUCGCAAGCAGGUCAUCCUCUCUGCGAUGGACAUGGUGUCCGAACACACGUGUGUGUCGUUCCACAGACGAACCUCCGAGACAAACUACCUGACCUUCGGCACAAGCAAAGGUUGUGCUUCGUACGUGGGCUUUAUCGGCGGAGAGCAGCUGGUGUACGUGGGGUCGCAGUGCAUGAUGGGAAACAUCGUGCAUGAGAUCAUGCACGCUCUGGGUUUCCAUCACGAACACACGAGGAACGACCGCGACCAAUACAUCACCGUGCUGCAUCAUAACAUCAUGGAAGGGAAGGAGAGAAACUUCAAAAAGCAAAACGGAGAAACGUUCGGCCUGGAUUACAACGCCGCGUCCAUCAUGCACUACGGAGGUGGGUUUUUCUCAGAUAACGGCCUGCCCACCAUCGUCUCUAAAGAGGAAGUGAUGAACAUGGGUCAGAGAAAGAAGAUGACGGACAGCGACGUGCAGAGAGUCCGACUCCUCUACAGCUGCGAUCCUCCCAAAAAGACUGGAAGAAAUUAAACGUCAGCAGCCACUGGAGGGCGCCACAGCACCGGGGAGCCAAAACAUAUUUGAAUAAAAACGAAAGAUACACUCCA